AUAAUUAAGCGGUAAAUAAAUGUAAAGAAAUAAGGAGAAUUGAUGAAAGUCUUAUAUGAAAAGCAAGGCGUGGAGGAAGUCGAGGGUUUAGAGAGUUGUCAACACCAGCGGAGCGGGUCACUAUGGGUCAAAGCCAGAGUAGUGGUUCAGGGGGAGGGGGGCAGGGAGGAGAUGACAAGAAAGACAAAAAGAAAAAGUACGAGCCUCCGGUACCUACCCGUGUUGGGAAGAAGAAGAGGAAAAUGAAGGGACCAGAUGCUGCAAACAAGUUGCCUCUUGUAACGCCACAUACACGUUGCCGCCUCAAAAUGUUGAAACUGGAGCGCAUCAAGGACUACUUGCUAAUGGAAGAGGAAUUUAUUCGUAACCAAGAAACUCUUAGGCCUCAAGAGGAGAAGCAGGAGGAGGAGAGGAGCAAGGUGGAUGAUUUGCGAGGUACUCCCAUGAGUGUAGGAACCCUGGAAGAAAUCAUUGACGAUAACCAUGCAAUCGUCUCCACAAGUGUGGGCUCGGAGCAUUAUGUCUCCAUUCUCUCCUUUGUAGAUAAGGAUCAGCUUGAACCUGGAUGUUCAGUGCUACUCAAUCAUAAGGUACAUGCUGUUGUUGGAGUUCUGAGUGAUGACACAGAUCCCAUGGUUACUGUCAUGAAGCUAGAGAAGGCACCUCAAGAAACCUAUGCAGAUAUUGGAGGUUUGGAUACACAAAUUCAGGAGAUCAAAGAAUCUGUGGAGCUUCCCCUGACUCAUCCCGAGUACUAUGAGGAGAUGGGCAUCAAGCCUCCCAAGGGAGUCAUUCUUUAUGGUCAGCCAGGCACUGGCAAAACUCUUCUGGCCAAGGCUGUAGCAAACCAGACCAGUGCUACUUUCCUCAGAGUCGUUGGCUCGGAACUUAUUCAGAAGUAUUUAGGUGAUGGUCCCAAGUUAGUUCGAGAGCUGUUCAGAGUUGCAGAAGAACAUGCUCCUAGCAUUGUUUUUAUUGACGAGAUUGAUGCCAUAGGAACUAAACGAUACGAUUCCAAUUCUGGUGGUGAGAGGGAGAUUCAGCGUACCAUGUUGGAACUCCUCAACCAGCUUGAUGGUUUUGACUCGAGAGGUGAUGUCAAGGUAAUUAUGGCAACAAAUCGUAUUGAAACUUUAGAUCCAGCUUUAAUUCGACCUGGUAGAAUUGACAGAAAGAUCGAGUUUCCUCUACCAGACGAGAAGACGAAAAGACGUAUUUUCCAGAUCCAUACCUCGCGCAUGACAUUAGCCGGUGAUGUCAACUUGGAUGAACUUAUAAUGGCCAAGGAUGACUUAUCAGGAGCUGAUAUUAAGGCAAUUUGCACAGAGGCAGGAUUGAUGGCACUAAGAGAACGACGAAUGAAAGUUACCAGCGAAGAUUUCAAGAAAUCCAAGGAGAAUGUUUUGUAUAGAAAGAAGGAAGGGACACCAGAGGGAUUGUAUCUUUAGGUCUCCAUUGGUCAAGAUCCUUAAUUGUAUAACUAUUUUUUUUGUAAUGUUUUGUAAUUACUCUUAGAAAUUAAAUGAUCAUAAUUACUUACCAUCACUUUUAAUUUUUGGUUUUCAGUAUUAUAUUGCUAACUAUUCUGGACAAAUAAUAUACAACGUGUUUUGAGGAAAAAUUAAUUAUAAUAUUUAUGAUCGAAAUAAAAUGGUGUUAUAAA